AUGACACAAGUCAGGACAAUUGUACGGUCUCGAGAAGACGGUGCGCGGCGCGGAGGCUAUAGGACGGCAACCACAGGUCACGAUCACUUCCAAGUCGAAAAAGAGUUUGUUCGGGCUCUCACUGCAGCCAAGCUGAAGCAAAUGUUUGCCAAGCCUUUUAUCAGAGCCAUGAACGAUCACGUUGACGGAGUUUAUAAUAUUGCACGCCACCCUUCUUCUAUUACCACAUUUGCCACGGCCAGCGUUGAUGGAUCUGUUAAGAUCUAUGACAUCUCCUCUGGUGCGCAGCUUAGCUCUCUCACAGCUCACACUGGCUGGAUUACCGGAGUUUGCUUUCCGGCGUGUACUGCUGACAUGAUGGUCACCUGUGCACGUGACUCUUUGUUGCGUUUCUGGAAGCUCCCAGACAUAUAUGCCCUCAACGAUCAGUCGGUGCCACUUCAUAGAAGAGAAAUUCAGCUCAUCUCAUCCAUUAAUCUGGAGGCGUCGCCGGCCGGCCUGGCGCACCAUGCAGCGGAUCGGAAGCUCGCGCUGGCUACCCCUACCGGAGUCCACAUCUUUGACCACGAACGCCAAGAGGCGCUUGCUUGUCUGACAUACUCUGAUGGGGGCAUCAUGGACUCCAGCUUUUCUACCGUGCAGUUCAACCAGGCAGAGCAGCAUCUUGUCGCAGCGACUUCGGAGACAUACUGUGUCUUCUUUGACGUGCGUGUGCACCGUCCUGCCUUUCGGUUCUCUUUGUGGAGCAGGCCGUCGUGCAUCACUUUCAACAACUACUACCCUAACGUGCUUGCUAUCGGGGCCAACGACGGGUACUGCUACUCCUUUGAUAUAAGGAACUUUAGCCGCAACGACAAUUAUAGAGCACUGGACAGAUUCACAGGAAACACUGGUGCAGUUCUGUCGUGUGCCUUUUCCCCAGACGGAAGCGUCCUAGCGACGGGUGGUUAUGACAAGGCUGUACGGCUGUAUGAUGUACGGACCGUUGGGCCUAACAUGACUCUGAAGAACCACCGUGGUGAGGUCAUCUUCCAGUCAUUGGAGACGGCUGGGCUUCCCAUGGGGGAGACACGCGACAAGUUGGAAAUGGCUGAGUACAGCAACCAGGAGACCAUGUGCUCCGAUGUUAGCAAGUCGCGGAAUCACCCUUUCGCAUUUAACAUACAGCCAUACGACACCUAUCAUAACCCUCGCAUGAUGCGUGUCUGGGCACUUGCAUUCAGCGGCGAUGGGCGCUUCCUACUUACUGGGUCGGAUGAUGCAAACCUCCGUGUGUGGAAGACUAGAGCAUCUGAGUCACUGAAGACCUUGACGAGGUCAGAAGCAGACGCCAUCGACUACCGAGAGACGUUAGUCAACAAGUUCCAGAACGUGCCAGCAGUCCGGCAGGUGUUAAAGAGUCAUCGCUUGCCUCACCUCCUUACUGUUGCACGCCGACGAGCAAUCAUACACAAUCAAGCCGAGCGGAGGAAAGACGAGAACAGACGUACGCAUAGACACGAGGAGGUGCCGUCUGCGGCUUCCCGUGUUGUUCACAGCGUUGACAAGUGA